AGAAAGUUGAUCGGCCACAGAAUUUUUUGUGCAAUAAAAGUGGGCCACUGAAGAAAAAAGGUUGAGAACCACUGGUCUAGCUGUCCCCCAAACAACCCUGGCUUGAAUUAAUUCAGAGUCUCAUGUCAUGCAUUGUAUCCGAAACCACAAUAAAAUUUCUGAGAAGAGAACUCACGUUUGGUACAGUUACUGAAAGCACUGUUUUGUUAUACAGAAUUUGGAUUCAGAUUUUCUAUUUAUCUCUUAUGGGAAGACGGUGACAAUAGGACAAAAUGGAGUAACGACUAUUACUCAAAACCGCAGUGGACAAACAGUAACAAAGCAAUACAAUAUGAAUAACUUACAUGCUGGCACUCUUGUUGGUGAUGGUGGGCAUGUUAAAAUAGGAAAAGGUGUCGUGCAGGUUGAAAAGGCAGAAAAACCAAAUUAUGCUUCCCCAAAUCCUCGUGUUGGGCCUGGUGUACCUGUUGGUGGAAUAGCAGGCAGAGCAAAUAUGGUAAAAGAAACAACUUCAAGUUCAGUAGAUAGUCAUGUGUAUGUGCAACAACCUCGUGUAAAACCCCCUCGGGCCCCAGUGAUCAAUCCGCCUAUGGGUGGAGUCAGAAAUCAGUUCAACAUCACUGGAAGCACCAUUGGACAAGUUGCUAUUGGUAACCAAGGAAAAACAGUCUUCAACAACAAGACAGAACAUUACCAUGCUGGGUCUCAUAGGUCAGACUAUGCAAUUAGUGGAGGGAAUUUCGCACAAGCUAACAUUGGCGGACAAGCAACUUACAACAACCAAAAUACUACGAUUGGAGAAGGAGGAGUUGGUGGACCUCUCUCCAUUGAUGACUUGUUAUAUUCUGAUGGUGUUGCUGAAGGACAACUGAUUGAGAUAUUGAAGAAAGGAAUGUCUACAGCAAGUCUAGCGGAGGUUUUAAGAUCUGGAAGAACUAUCAAAGAGAUACACUCGUUCGUUUCACAACAAAAGGAAGUUAAGGAUUAUAUGGUCACAUCUAUGUUGGCGGGUGAUGGAACAAAAAUGGAAAUUUCGGAAUCUGAUACCAGUGAUUCAGAUUCUGACUAAUCUUGACGUUUCUGAUGAAUUUUCGAAGCCGGCUACUGAGAGAACCAUUGAAACUGUAUUUUAUGUAUUUAAAGUUAUCAUGUUCCUUGCAUUUUUUUGUUGAUAUUUUUUUAUUAGCUGAAAAAUGCAGAAAAACGCUUGUUAUUACUUUCAUUCAAAUCCAUGGUUUCUAUUUUUAAAGUGAAAUGCUCUUAUUAUAAAAUUUGUAAUAUUCCAGUGAUCAAGCAUCUAUAAUAUUAUUUAGAAUGAUUCUUUACCAUCCAUGCUGAAUAUUGAUGUUGAAUUUUGAAGGGGGUGGGGGGAGGUUCGUAAAUUUCUAAUUGCCAAGAUAGAAUGUAAUAGCUAUUGGGUGGUCCACCAGAGGCUGGAAGAUGUGGGUUUUCAGGAGUCUCAGGGCUUUUAAAAAGUGUUUCAAGCCAUGAAAAGUAUACUAUGUACAAUACAGAAAAAUGCUUUACAUUUCGAAAAAGGUGGGCGUCUGACCCUCAUCCCCCUCAAGGGUGCACCCCUAAUAUCAAUUUAUGUAUAUUAUAUACUAAGCUCUGCUUUGGACUGUUUUCAGUUUUAAUCUUGUUUGUGUACUCAACUGCUGAGUUUUUGUGUAAUUUUGUUAAAAGUUUUUUAUUUCUCACUUUCAAACUGUAAUCUUUUAAUGCAACUGUCUAUUUUCUUUUAUUUUUUGCUCGAUAUGGAAAUUUCCAUUCAUAAUUAUGUAUAUAAGCCUAUGUUCCCAUGCUUUGAUCUUGUCUCUGGAAUUCUCCAUUCUUGAUUUAUGUUGGAUUUAACUUGCUAAGAGUUUUAAUAACAAGACACUUAACUUUUUGUAUAGUAAUAUGUGACUGAAUUUAAUAUGAAGUUAUAUGUUGAUGGUAUGUUCGAAUAUGAACGACUUUAAUUAGCCCUGACGCGAUGGUCAUCUAGAGCAGGGGUGUGCAACCUGCGGCCAGCGGGCCAAAUGUGGCUCACAGGAAAUAAUUAUGCGACCCGCGAAAGGAGUUUUUAAAUUAGUUUAAUCUGGUACAUGCGAGUGAGUCCAAUCCAUUUGCGUUGAAAACCUAUACCUGAGUCCAAUCUAUUCUCUGUGCCUAUGAUGUUACAAUGCCCUAACAGCUAGCUUGUGCGAAGCGAACAACGCAUGUCAUAAGAUCAAUAACCAAAGUUUUUUUGCCUGCAACUACUAGAAAGUCUAUGUUAAAUAAAGGUACGACUCGCAGUUUCACACAGGUAUUUGUAUUGGCCCUUCCGUAUUAAAGGUUGCGCAACCCUGAUCUAGAGCAGUGAUUCUCAAAAUUUUAUGUUUCGGCGUUUUUCUACUGCACUCAAAUUUAUUAUAACAAAUUUAAUAUAAAUAAACCCAAUUAAACAAGUAGACCAAUCAUCAUAAAUCACAUCAUUUAUUGUCGACAAAAUAGUAAUAUUUUGAUAGUAAUGCGAAUCCUUCCUACCAAGUUUCGAGAAUGCACUCCCCGCCCCCCCUAUCGGAUCAAUAGUGCCCACUUUGGGAAUCACUAAUCUGGUAAUUUUGUUUUGUGAUUCAUUUUCAAAUAUGCAAUUACGGCUCAGAAGAAUUAAUCCCCAUGAAAGAUAAGCAUCCAUUACUUUUCUUUAAAAGUUCAGACAGACCUUCUCAUCCGCUAUCUAGUAUUUAGGAUGAAUAUUUAUUUCCGCAAUGUUGGAUUUCUAUAAUGAAAAUUGCUUUUGUUUAUAAUAUGAAUAUCAAAUAUAGUUUGUAGAAUUCAAAAA